AGAAAUAGUCACCUCUCUCUAUAUAAACACUCCAACAUACAUAUUAAUAUAUGUACUAAAAGGGAAAUCAGAUUCAGGGGAAAAACCAAAGGCAAUUAUCAUAUUAUCAUUAGUCAAGAUGGCAAUAUCAUCCAAGACCUUAGUAAACACGAGCCUGUUGUUGAGGAUACUUAGUUUGCUGGUCUUAGCUGCUUCUGUUGUGGUUAUGGUCACCAAUACGGUCACCGAUAUUGAUGGUUCCAAAGAUCAUUUCACUAUUCUCACUACUUACAGGUAUGUGCUUGCAAUUGGUGCUGUUGGAUUCUUGUAUACGUUGGUGCAAAUACCUUUCGCUGUGUACUACGUCUGCACUGAGAAGAGGUUGAUUCGGAAUGGCUGCCUUCCCAUUUUUGAUUUCUAUGGUGACAUAGUAAUCAGCUUCCUUCUGGCAACUGCAAGUGGUGCAGGAUUUGCAGCGACGUACGAGCUAAAGAAACUUGUUGUUGGGGUAGUAGGAUUUGGUGAAACAACCAAGUUCCUUAACAGAGGAUAUAUUUCUAUCGGUCUCUUAUUUGCGGGAUCUGUUUGCAUGGUCAUUCUCUCAAUCCUUUCAUCUAAUCUGAGGAACUCUACAGGUAGAGGAGGCUUCUUCGGUUGAAGUAAUUAAGUUAAAACCAAGCACAUUGUGCUUCAUUAGGUCUGAUACGUUCCCAGUUCCUGAAAUAUCCAGCACACUUUACUUGGGUAUUGGCUUGGACAGAGGAAUUCAUGUCAAUCGUUUCAUUAUUUAUCAAUCGAUUUCUAUGGUUUUUAAGAGUGAGUGUAAACACUACAUAUCUAAUAAAUAUAAGUUCAUGUAGCACGACCUUCAACUUAAAUGUUAUUUCCGGAUCCCAGUUUUUAUUUCUAGAGCAACAAAGCAUGAAAAGAUCAAAUUACCUUGCAUUAAUUUUUUCCAAGAGCUGUUUAUUAUGUAUGCAGGGGGUAGUUUUAUCUUUUCAUUCUUCUUUUGCUCUGUAAAUAACACAGAUGCUCUGGAUAUAACAUUCUGCCUGCUUAAAUGUAAGUUCGACGCAAACAUUUCUCUUAAUAACAAAAGUAUUCUGGUUUACUUUC